ACUCACUCACCCAUCACCGAGUACAGCCAUGUUUUGGCUUUGUCAAAGUUUUCUUGAAUGGACUGGAUUCAAGACAAUAAGAAUUACGAAAACCUAUUGUCCUGAAAAGACUUGAAUUGACCACCCACCUUCCACACUGCCCGACCUACAACUCAUACAUCAACCCCAUCCCAAUUUAUAGAAUACAGCCUUCUCUCUUCCUCCUCUCAACCUUGCUACGGCCUCUACCACUCUCGAUAACCUCUUCCUACUUUCGACAGCCUCUUACUACGUUGACAACCUCGACUACUCUCGACAACCUCUUACUACUGCCACAACAUUCACCAUGCCUGCAGACAGCCUUGUCGACAUGUGCAUUCGUGCCUGCAUAAAACGGCGUGGAAUCCUCCCAUCAGUCGGUGAUUUGCCAUAUGAUUUGGUACGUCCGAUUCUCGCUAAAAUCGAGUCUCCGGAACAGUUGCAUCAAAUUGAACAAUCGUCGCCACAGAUCGCCGGUGAAGAUGCUGAAUUAUGGCUCAACUUCAUCAAACGUGACAUCCCGGAUUGGCAUCUCAAACCCCACCAACCCUCGAACCCGAAGAAUUGGUACAAGGUGUACCGCAAACUCCAGGCGGACGACGAACGUUCUCGUGCCGAGAAGGAGGAGCGCCUCAAGGCUGCAUUCGCCAACAUUCAGGACGAGAAAGAACGCAACACCACCGUUAUCAAAGCAAGGCAACAUCUACCCCUCCAAGCACCUUCGAGGAAGGCUGUGAUACACUGGAACUACAUAAGCGGCAAGACAGGCAGCAAAGGUGCACACAAGAUGACUUUGAUGGAGAAGAUUCGAAAAGAAACUCGGAACGCAAGAACCUCGAAGAUGAAGAGACCCACACACGAGUUGCGGCAGAGGGCGUCCGCCGUCAAGAAAGCACCAAUCGCAUUUAUAGAGGAUGUCAAGCGGCAGGCGGCGAAACCUCUUCCUCCAACUCCAACUCCUCCCACAAAUACGACACCUACAACAACGAUAAGGCCUGUGAGAAUGACAGCGCCGCGAACCUCCAGACCACCAUUGCACGCACCAAGAGCCAAAGUCCCACCAGUCAACCAGUCCUAUGAUCUCACGGCAGAUAGGGAAGCAAGAUUACGUGCAUUGAAACUUGGUAACCCUCGCCCUGCUUCGACAUCGACCCCAACAGCAGAGCAGAGGGGACAAGGAGGGGCUGGACUGACUCUUGACUUCUUGGAAGAUUCUGAUGGCGACGAUGACCAGCAACCACGGAAGGACAUGAAAGUCGGCCACGAUGAUCGACGUGCGUCUACCAACACAAUGGGUGCCAGCACGUUGAAGAGGAAGCAACCACCGACAAUGUUCACGUCAUCCUCAAAGAGAGUUGCUCAACCAAUACGAUAAUCGAACAACAGUAAGGUUGAGAUAUGCAAGGCGUUGGUGGAUACGAAUCACUUUUGACAACACAACAUCAGGACACUGAAUGAAAUAUGCAAGGCGUUGGUGGUUUCCAGUACAGGUUUACUUUUGAGCGACUUCACAUUGAGAUGGAAUGGGAAAUGAUGGGAACUCAACUCCUGGAACAUGAGACAUUUUACAAAGCAGUACGCACAUGGAUGCACUGCAUAAGUACCUUUUCAGCGAGCACUGAAAUACAAAUGAUAAACAAAUUAUUGAAUACACA